UUUGGAAAGUGACACUGCAUGGCUCCUUUAUUUUAUUAGUUUCUCAGCUGCCACGGCAGUAAAUUCAGAAUCUUUCCCUGCACUUUCUCAGCAACCAAACAGAGUCUUGAGUUUACCAGCCUUAAUUCUAUUAGUUUCUACUGUCCACUAGCUCAUUAUUAUGUUUCUGCUGCUGGCACAAGUAGCCUCCUUUUAGGCCUCUUUUAUUGGAGUCUCUCAUCAUCACAGUUUUCUAGAGUUCAUAGUGGUUCUGUGAUCAGUUGGGUUGAGAACUUGAAGCUAUGGACUCUGCUGCUUCUCAUGACCUAGAGAAGCCACUCAUUGUCGAUGAUUUGCCGGUUCUGAAAAUAAAGAGUCAUACAAGAGAUGUUCAUAUUCUCAGCUGUGCCUUCUUGUUGAUCUUUCUUGCUUUUGGUGCAACUCAAAACCUUGAGAGCACUCUCAUCACUGAAAAGAACUUGGGUACCACUUCGCUUGGAAUUUUGUAUCUAUCUUUCGCAUUUUUCUCUUUGGUGGCAUCCUCAGUGGUUCGAGCACUGGGUUCAAAGAACUCUUUGAUCCUUGGCACCACUGGCUACUGGUUGUUCAUAGCUGCACAUUUAAAACCAACUUGGUAUAUAAUGGUUCCAGUUUCUCUGUACCUUGGAUUUGCCUCUGCAAUAAUAUGGGUUGAGCAGGGGACAUAUCUAACUGCUGCGGCACGCAGUCAUGCCAGAGAUAAUGGCUUGCAUGAAGGAACAAUUAUUGGCAACUUCAAUGGAGAAUUUUGGGGAAUGUUUGCAUGUCGCCAGUUUGUUGGAAAUCUUUUACCACUCAUCUUGCUAAGAGGUGGAACGGAGGGAAAUCCAAGUGAUACGACGCUAUUGUUCACUGUGUUUCUCUGCAGUAUGACCUUAGGUACCAUACUGAUGUGCUUCUUAAAUAAAAGGGAUGAUGAAGAAGAGAAGGACCCCCAUAAUGCUGAAUCUCUCAGCUUAUAUGCUUCUCUGUCAUCUUUGUCAAAGUCAAUUGUCGCUCCCUUGUUUGAUGUACGGAUGCUAUUGAUCAUCCCCCUUAUGGCCUAUACAGGAUUACAACAAGCAUUCGUAUGGGCUGAAUUCACCAAGUAUAUCGUUAGUCCAAUGCUCGGUGUGUCUGGUGUGGGUGGUGCAAUGGCAGUUUAUGGGGCUUUUGAUGCAGCAUGUUCACUCACUGCCGGCCGCCUUACCUCCGGUCUCAAGUCCAUCACUCUUAUCGUUUCUGGCGGAGCUUUUGUUCAGGCUGUCAUAUUCCUCUGGCUUCUUCUAUGUUACAGCCCAUCAAGUGGAAUACUUGGAACCUUAAACCUUCUCAUAAUGGCAGCUCUAUUAGGGAUUGGUGAUGGAGUUUUCAACACACAGCUCAGUGCUCUGAUUGGAAUAUUCUUCAAGGACGAUACGGAAGGAGCAUUUGCACAGCUCAAGGUGUGGCAGUGUAGUGCUGUUGCACUCAUCUUCUUCAUCAGUCCAUACAUCUCAUUGCAAGCAAUGCUGGUGCUUAUGCUGUCUGCAAUCUGCCUCUCGUACGCCGCCUUCGUUUACCUAUCCCAGCAAGGAGAGAAAGCACUCUCACUUCAAGUUCAGGUUCAAGUUCAGGCUCAGGUUCAUGAUGUGUGCACAUGAAUGAAAACAUCUUUAAAGAGAAUUGUGUCAUAGGCAUAGCAAUACAAGUUUUUAUAUUUUUUUUAUGUUGGUGCUGUCUCUAAAUACCAUCCCCUCUGUUGUUUCUAAAACUAAUGGAAAUGACCAUUAUACCAUCACAAACACACCACCAUACUGUCGACAAGCACUCAGAAGUCGGUUCAAGUCCACUUCAAGAGGAUGGACUUCUAAAUUUCCAAUUUUUGUUUUCUUUUGUUCUUUUGUUCUUUUGUUUCCACCUAUAAGAUCUAUUUUUGAACUGAUUCUCUUUCAAGUCUAUUGGGAGACAAAUAAAAUUGAACUCUCUGGUGCAAGAGUUUUUUUCUUUUUUCUUUUUCAGGACUACUAUUGUGUUUGUUAUUUAUGGUAUAUUUGUUUUCUAUUUCAGUAGCGUGUCAACAUUGGAAAUAGAUAUACUACUAGACCGAGAACUAGUUUACAUAAGUAUCUUUUUCGACCCAUCUACGAUUAUGCAUAAAGAAGGCUAAAUUACAUUUUUAGCCUAUGUAGAGUAGCCCAAUUUUCACUUAAAAGUCCCUAUAAUUGUCUCUCUCGAAAGAAAAAAAAGAAGUCGUCCGUAUAAAGCUAUUUCUCAUCAAAGCAAAAUCAAAAGCUACUGUCCACCAUGAAGUUGACGGAGUGUCGACAUGGGGAUAUGUAAAAUACCCAAAAAGUCGACAUGGGGCUAAAACUGUAAUAAAUAAAUUAAAAAAACCUGCAAUUAUGUGUUGGCGGCAACAAUAACGAAUUGAUUAGCAAAACGUCCGUCCGGCGUUUGUCGUUGUCUUCCUCUUCUUCUCCAGCAACUGUUUGUCGUUUCCUGAGAUUUCUUCGGUGGAUACAAAGGCAUUUCUUUACCGCUUGAUUCCAGACCAUCCCAACCGACAACAACGAAAAUUCAGAGAAUCAUUUCAACUAUCUUUUCAUUUUCACUACAUUCUCUCAGCAACCAAACAGUGCUCAGAGUUUAUGAACUCAAAAUUGAACCCAAAUUGAAAGUCAAUCUCUUUCUUUGUCAACUACCUCUCGAUUUUCUUCGCCGGCAGUGACCUCUCCUCUUGGCCUCACUCGAUUGGAAUUUGGACUCUCUCGCACAU